AAGUACAAUCGACCGCUUUGUUUCGCGGCGAAAGAAGAUCGGGGAGUUCCGAGCGUCGAAGCAGACGCGGGCAAUUAAAAAUAAAAAGUCCAACCGGGAAGAGGUGCAAAUCCGACCUUUUCUGCCCACCCCGGCCCUCGACGAUGCGUAGACACCAGAGAGGCGCAGGAGUCUGCGGCUUGCAGCGGUCGGCCCGGGUGUAAAUUCGGGAGAAAGUGCCCCCAUCGUGCGCUUCUGCAGGACCGAGCCCCGGAAGAGGCUCCGCAGCGGCCCGAUCCCCUCGCGCGGGGCGUGGGAGAAAGCAGACGGCGUCCCUUUCCGCGGUUCCUGCCUCCCGCCCCGGGCUGUGACGUCAAGGAAGGAGGAGAGCCGAAGAAAGAAGGAGCGAAGGAGGGAGGGGGACAGAGCAAAGGGAAAGCGGCGGGUUUCCAGAGCGGGGCCAGAGACGCGGCGGCAGCAGCAGCAGCUCCGUCUGCGCGGGGAUUUGCGGGGGGCCCCUCUGGGCAGAGCAGCGGCCGUCCGGCGCCGGCUCGAGGGAGCCCUUGAAGUUUGGCGGAUCUUUUGCGUGCGUGCGCGUGCAGUCUUCUCUCCCGUUGCAGGCGAGGGAGGAGGCUGCCCCGAACCCUCCUGGGAGGGGAGGCUGUGAUUUUGGAUCUAACUCCUGCCUGUUCCCUUUGGCCAAGACAGAAAACAGGGCAGGGCAGGGCGGCCAGCCAAGGAGCAGCGGGGCGGCAGCGAAGCACCCAGACGGAACAAGGGAGAAGGUGAUCACAGAAGGACUUCAUAAGGCGGCCAGCGAUAACUCCCAGCGCUUCUCUAGUUGGAGCGAGAACUUCACGUCCCGGACAGCAUGGCCGUUGGCCCCCUUGGACUGUGUCUUCUGGCCACAGUGGCUUUGAGUGUGGACUCUUCUGUCAGCAACUGGUGGAAUUUGGUGCCAAGGAAAACAGUGCCCUACAAAGCACUGAAGGAAGUGACAAAGCAUUUUUCCAAGGCCGGGGUGUUUGACUAUACCACACUGACGUUGGAUCACACCAAAGGGCUUCUCUACGUUGGAGCUCGAGAAGCCAUUUUUGCCCUAAGCACCAGUACUGUGGAACUCAAGGAAGCGAUCUUCUGGGAGGCUCCAUCAGAGAAGAAAGCGGAGUGCAUCCAGAAGGGCAAAAGUAACCAGACCGAGUGCUUCAACUACAUCCGUUUCCUGCAGACCUACAAUAGCUCUCACAUGUACACCUGCGGCACUUACGCCUUCCAGCCCAAAUGUGCCUACAUUGAUCUGGCCAGUUUCUCUCUCAACAGGCUGUCCUUUGAAGAUGGCAAGGGGAAGUGUCCUUAUGACCCUGCCAAGGGACACACAGGCCUCAUUGUGGAUGGAGAUCUGUAUUCAGCAACACUCAACAACUUUCUGGGUACCGAGCCUGUGAUCCUGCGCAACUUGGGCUCUCGCUCUUCUGUCAAAACGGAGUACUUGCCUACCUGGCUCAAUGAACCCCACUUUGUGGGCUCGGCUUACAUCCAGGAAAGUCUAGGAAGUGAGAGCGGAGAUGAUGACAAGGUCUACUUCUUCUUCAGCGAGCGGGCCUUGGAGUAUGACUGUGACACAGAGCACCUGGUGGCCCGGGUAGCCAGAGUCUGCAAGGGGGAUUUGGGUGGUGCCCGCACACUGCAGAAGAAGUGGACGACGUUUCUGAAGGCACGGUUGGUGUGCUCCAUUCCAGAGCAGCAACUCCAUUUCAACCGGAUUCAGGGGUCCUACACACUGAGCGGGGACUACUGGCGUGACACCAGCUUCUUCGGGGUCUUCCAGGCACGCUGGGGAGGAGUGGAUGUUUCUGCUGUCUGCCAAUACCAGAUUGAGGAUGUGCAGAAAGUGUUUGAAGGACCCUACAAAGAGUACAGGGAGCAGUCCCAGAAGUGGGGUCGAUACUCAGACCAAGUGCCAACCCCCAGGCCUGGAUCUUGUAUCACUGGCUGGCACCGGCACAACAACUUCCACACGUCCAUGGAGCUGCCGGACAACACCCUCAACUUUGCCAAGAAGCACCCGCUGAUGGAUGAGGGGGUGGCACCCCUUGGAAACCGGCCCUUGCUGGUCAAGAAGGAUGCCAACUUCACCCAGCUGGUGGUAGAGCGAGUGCACGCCCUGGACGGCAAAGCCUACGAAGUGCUGUUUAUUGGAACAGAUGAUGGCUGGUUGCACAAAGCUGUGAUGUUGCCCUCAGGUGUCCAUCUUAUUGAAGAGCUGCAGAUCUUUGACCAAGCCCAGCCUGUCAAGAGCCUGGUGCUAUCCCCACAGAAGAGGGUGCUGUUUGCUGGUUCCCACUCCCAAGUCACCCAGCUUCCUGUAGCCGAUUGCAGCAAGUAUCACUCCUGUGCCGACUGUAUCCUUGCCAAAGACCCCUACUGUGCCUGGAGCAGGAAUGGGAGUUCCUGUGUUCGCAUUGACACCUAUGACGGGUCCUCGAUGCUCUUCCAGGAUUUGGGAGUGCAGCCAGCAAUCUGCAGCCCCAUGCGUGCAGUCAGGCCAGCUGCCAAGAUAAUUGCCAAGAACAUCACAGUGAUGGCAGGCACGGACCUGGUGCUUCCUUGCCGCCUUACUUCGAACUUGGCCAAGUCCCGCUGGACCUUCAAUGGUCAGGAGCUGCUUGAAGAGCAGACCUCAGUGUUGUAUGACUCUCAUCUCCAGGCCCUGAUCAUCUUGGGUGCUAGUCCAAGGCACACUGGUACCUACAAGUGCUCUCAGGUGGAAGAACGGAAUGAACUGACAGCUGAAGGUUAUGCUGUAGUGGUGGUCUCUGGCCCUGCCCUGUCACUGGAAGCACGGGCUCCCCUAGAGAACUUAGGCCUGGUGUGGAUGGUGGUGAUUGCUCUGGCAGCGGUGUGUUUGGUGCUUCUGCUGGUGGUGUUAUCCUUAAGACGCAGACUGAAGGAGGAGCUUGAGAAGGGCUCCAAAGCUAUUGAGAGCACUCUAGUCUACCCCAUUGAGAUACCAAAGGAGUCCAAGAGCCCCACCUUCAUCCCCAGCACCACCUCAGACUCUGACGAGAAGCUAUGGGACCCAGCCAGCUACUACUACUCAGAUGGCUCCCUUAAGAUUGUGCCCGGUCAUGCUAUGUGCCAGAAUGGAGGCACCACCCCUUCUCCCACCACCAAUGGCAUCCCUGGCCAACCACUCCAGUCCCCGCCCCUCCAUUCACCCAAUCGCAUCAACCUGGGCAACAUUCGUGGCUCUUCUUCCAAUGGCUACAUCCGCCUCAACCUUGGUGCUGAAGAGCGGCCGGACUACAGUGACCUUGCGGAGGAGCUGCGCCGCAAACUCAAACAAAGGCAGGCACUGCCUGACUCCAACCCUGAGGAAUCAUCAGUAUGAGCUGUGCUGUGGACAUUUACCCUACACAACUACCUCAUAAACAAGGCUGGGAUCACUGCCCUUAGCCAGGACUACUUUUUAAAGAAAUCCUAUUUAAGGACUUGCUACAGGCAUUCUUUUUCUAACGCCCUCUUUAAAUCCUCAAUUUUUAUACACUCCCCAUGCUCCUUUCCAUGUUCUUCAGUGUUUUUUUUCAACUGUGCUUCCUUCUAGCACAUUCCCGAGGACUGUAUGGGAGAUAUUUUCAUUCUUCCUUUGCCUUGGAUGGUGAGUAUGACCUCACUGACCCACUGAUGUACCCAUGGAUGGACUGUUGGGCCAAACCCAGGCCUGUUUCUUGUUGUAGUGGCCAAUGGUCACGUUUGAUAGGUCAUUGGAAAAGACUGGGCGUAGCCUGGUUCCCAGUACAAAGCUGCCAUUGGCUCCUUGCUGUUCUGUGUCUCCCUUUUCUUUCACAAACUGCCCGAUUACUACCAGCUGUUUGCAGUAGAGGGGCCAAGUUCGUGGAGUGGCUGCUUUCCCAUGAAUGGAACACUAGGAACAAGUGUGAUGAUCAUAUGAGUUUACCCCUCCAGCUCCUGUGGAUCUCCUGUUUCUUGUGGGACUGGGCUUUUUAAAGGCAAAUGAAUUGUGCUCUUUUCCUAGGAAAAGAGGAGUGUGAGAAUUGAGUCAGGCUCGAGACGUUGGAUGCCUGAGGCAGACAAUCCAUGUGGCAAACCCUCCCCCCCCCGCCCCCCCAUGUAAACACAUGCACUAAUGAUCCCGGGACAGUCUAGGAGAAAUUCUUCUUUACAUUGACCUGGCUGGGAAGAUGCAGGGUCAUUUCACAGAGGCUUCUGGAGGGGAACCUCCUGCUGGGUCUAGCCUCAGGAGCCAAGCUGGUCCAAGUCCUACUCAGCUGCCUUUUAUGGUUCUCCAAAUCAGCCACAUGCUGGGUUCACUGUGUAUGUGUGAGAGAGAAACAAAACGAUUUCCUUUUUUUAUUUAACUGCUGUGACUAAACUGAUCUUCCCUCUCCCCCCUUUUGGGGUGGGGAACAUGCGGUGUAGAUAUCCCCAUCCCUCUGGCUGUGGCUCUUCCUUACCCUUGCAUGCCUCACACCAACAGCAGCUGGUUUCACACUCCUUCCCCUCUUUGUACCUUUUUUAAAAUACGUGAGUAAAUAAUACAUGAGAAAGGCUUGAGAAGAGCCCCACACCUGCCCCCCCCCCCAGGCCUACAUCAAUUCCAGUGUAAUUUAUUUGUUACUGAAAUAUAUUUAUUUGAUGUAAAUAUCUGAAUAUUUUUAUAUUAAUAAAGUUGAGAAAGAAAGAAAAAA